CCAAAAGUCAAAGUGAAAGCUCUAAACAAAAAACAGAAUGGGAAAAAUAGAGUUUGAAUCAGUGAAGAGGUACUUGGUGAAGAAUAAAGGAGAAUCAGAAUCAGAAUCAACAGUAGAUGAUGAAGAAUUACCUCGAGGGUUUCUUGAUCAUCUAAUCUUGCGUGGCCUAUGCCUCCAUCUCAUUGAGCCUGGCCGUGUCCUCUUCUCAAUGAACAUUCCUCCACGCUUACUCAAUUCAGGUAACUACUUACAUGGUGGUGUUAUAACUACUCUGGUGAAUGUGGUAGGCGCAGCCGCAAUUCCGGCCGCUGGAUUUCCGUGGGAAACCGGAGUUUCCCUCGAGAUCAACGUCUCAUGCUUGGAUGCUACCUAUGCUCAUGAGGAGAUUGAGAUAGAUGCCAGAGUUCUACGAGUAGGAAAGACUAUAGCUGCUGUAAGUGUGGAGUUCAGGAAGAAAAAGACUGGCCAAAUUAUCGCUCAGGGGCGUCAUACCAAAUAUCUUCCCCGUACCAGUAAAUUGUGAAACUAAGAUCAAAGGACAAAGGGAGAUAGUUGUUGUAUUUGCAACCUAACAUCUCAUUCAAGAUUUAUUUUAGAGAUCAGAUUACAUGUGCCACUACACCAUUCAAUAAUUUUAUAAAAUGUGAAAUUAAUUGAUUGAUUCAAGCAUGAACCAUGUUAUAUUAUAGUAUCUGAAGUUACAUUCUUCUGUUAAAGAGGGCAUUGGAUCCCGGUUGUUCGGCGGGAGCUCGAGCUCCUUCAUGGGUGGCAUGGAAACCGUGUUGGUUUGGGUAUGUGCAUGGAUUCAGAUCCUCUCUUGUCAUUCUUCUCCAGUUUUAUGCCCGGCACAUAUUUGAACUGUCCAUCAAUUAUACUGUGGUGUUGAUUGCGAACAUUUAAUGAAAAUAAAAGGCUGAGAUCGAA